GUCCGCCAUUUUGUCCGACAAACAAAGCACUCCGACAAACUAGACUUAGUACAGUUACGUCUGUGAUUAACCUGAAAAAUGGUGAAAAGGUGCUCGUAUGGGACUUGCAACUCAGACAGCAGGUACCCAGAAAGGUCGGGCGAAAUACUAUUUUAUCCUUUCCCCAAACCUGCCACAAACCUGGAGAAGUGUAUGAAAUGGAUACGUUUGUGUGCACGGAAGCACCAUCAACUGAGUUUGGAAAGGCUGAAAAUUCCUUCCGCAGCCAAACACAUCUAUGUGUGUUCAAAGCACUUCGUUGACGGCCGGCCGACACCCAAUCACCCUGAUCCUCUGCCAGCGUUGACAUAUGACGUUACACCUGCGAGACGUCCGCAUAGACUGCGAAUGGUGUCAGUACCACGAAAGAAAAGACAACGAGUUGACAGCAUGCCAGACGAUGCUGAAAACAUCAAAGUUGAGUGUGAUGUACAAGGCGUCUCCGUGGAUGUUACAGGAGAGAUAGCAUCAGAAUCAUUAAUGGAUGAUACAACUACAGAGGGAAGCACUAUUGUCAUUAACACGGAGUCCACAGAUGAACAAUCCCAGAUGAGAGAAAACCAAGAGGAAGUGGAAAGACUAAGGUCUCUUCUUGUACAAAAAGAACAAGAAAAUGACCAACUAAGGGAGAAAAUACGAACUUGUCAGGCUCCUUACCCACUAACACCAGAGAUUAUAAAUAACAGCAGUGUCCCUUACUACUUUAGAUACUGCACUGGGUUCACUUACGAUGAGUUCAACAAACUGUGCAGAUUUUUAAGAUUACCAGAUGGUGAAAAGGUCACAGAAACGCACAACCUCUUGAACUGUGAUAAACUGGACAGGCACACCUGCCAUAUGCCUCUACGUCAGGAGUUUCUACUAGUGCUUAUGAGACUGAGACAAAACUUCGACCUGGAGGAGCUUGCUUUCAAAUUUCAAAUUGAUAUACAAAGUGUUAGCACUUUAUUCAGUUUGUGGAUUGAUUUCAUGUAUGACAGGCUAGGUGUGUCUGUCUGGCCACACAGGGACAUCAUAACAAAAAACAUGCCAGAAGACUACAAAGCAGAAUUUCCAACAUCUUUUGCAAUUCUUGAAUGCACGGAGAUAAAGAUAGAGAAACCCUGCUCGGCGUUAGUGGAAAGUCAGACUUAUUCUAACUGCGAGUCCAUGAACACACUGAAGUCUCUGAUAGUCUGUGAUGCUCGUGGCUCCAUUAUGUUUGCGUCUACACUUUACACGGGAUCGACUUCUGACCGAGAGAUAUUUAGACAGUGCAAAAUCAAAGAUUUACUGAAAGGUCUGCUUCAGUGUGGCUAUCUUAAGAGAGGGGAUGGGCUCAUGGAGCAUAAAGGGUUCCUCAAUGAUAAAGACGUGAAGGAGCUUGGCCUUAAACUAAACAUUCCUUCGUUUGCAAAGUCAAGCCUUCAAAUGCCUGUAACGGGUGUUGAGAAAACAAAGAAAAUAGCCAAAUAUCGAGUGCAUGUUGAAAGAGCAAUAGCCAAAGUAAAACAUUUUAAAAUAUUAUCUGGCAGGAUCCCUAAUUCGAUGUUAGUAAAUAUAAAUGAGAUAUGGUUUGUGGUGUGUAUGUUGUCUAAUUUCCAACAACACAUCAUUGAGACAUAGGCUGCUGAAGAAACCACAAAGGGACAGAGAAGUGCUGCAGUUAAAGAUGCAGGGAUAUAUAUAUAUAUAUAUAUAUAUAUAUAUAUAUAAAUAUAUAUUUUGUAACCCACCUUUAUCCUUGCAAGCUUGUAGUCUUUUUUUAUGUGUUUGAAUGCAAAUGUUUUUCUAUUGUAAUGAACUGUGGCUGUACAAUAUACAAAGUUUGUGUCUACCUGUGUCAUAAAAGUCCAGAUUGCUGGUAAUCCAACACCUAAGUAGUUUGGUAUUUCUAUCCUUCUUUAUAAAGCA